AUGGAAGCCUGGCACCUCCACUCCCACCUCCACUCCCACCUCCUACCCGUUAGUGAACCUACGUUGAUCACAGUCACUGCCCCGGAGACCUGCCCCCUCCACCCCGACUGCCCCGAGAUCUGCCCCCUCCGCUCCAACCUCCUAACCGUUAGUGAACCUACGUUCAUCACAGUCACUGCCCCGGAAGCUUAUCCCAUCCACUCCCACCUCCUACCCGUUAGUGAACCUACGUUGAUCACAGUCACUACCUCGGAAGCCUGCCCCCUCCACUCCCACCUCCUACCCGUUAGUGAAUCUUGGUUGAUCACGGCGACUGCCCCGGAGACCUGCCCCCUCCGCUCGAACCUCCUACCCGUUAAUGAACCUACCUUCAUCACAAUCACUGCCCCGGAAGCCCGCCCUCUCCGCUCGCACCUCCUACCCGUUAGUGAACCUACGUUGAUCACAGUCACUGUCCCGGAAGCAUGCCCCUUCCACUCCCACCUACCCGUUAGUGAACCUACGUUGAUCACAGUCACUGCCCCGGAGACCUGCCCCCUCCACUCCCACCUCCUACCCGUCAGUGAACCUACGUUGAUCACAGUCACUGCAAAGGAUGCCUGCCCCCUCAACUCCCAGCUCCUAACCGUUAGUGAACCUACGUUCGUCACAGUGACUGCCCUGGAAGCAUGCCCCUUCCACUCCCACCUCCUACCCGUUAGUGAACCUACGUUCGUCACAGUCACUGCCCCGGAAGCCUGCCACCUCCACUCCCACCUCCUACCCGUUAGUGAAUCUACGUUGAUCACAGUCACUGCCCCGGAGACCUGCCCCCUCCACUCCCACCUCCUACCCGUCAGUGAACCUACGUUGAUCACAGUCACUGCCCCGGAGACCUGCCCGCUCCACCCUCACUACCCCGGAAGCCUGCCCCUCCGCUCCCACCUCCUACCCGUUAGUGAACCUACGUUGACCACAGCGACUGCCCCGGAGACCUGCCCUCUCCACUCCCACCUCCUACCCAUUAGUGAACCUACGUUGAUCACAGUCACAGCCACGGAGACCGGCCCUCUCUGCUCCCACCUCCUACCCGUUAGUGAACCUACGUUGAUCACAGUCACAGCCACGGAGACCGGCCCUCUCCACUCCCACCUCCCACCCCUUAGUGAACUGACGUUCAUCACAGUCACUACCCCGGAAUCCUGGCCCCUCCACUCCCACCUCCUACCCUUUAGUGAACCUACGUUGAACACAGGCACUGCUCCGGAGACCGGCCCCCUCCACUCCCACCCCCUACCCGUUAGUGAAUUUUGGUUGAUCACAGCGACUUACCCGGAGACCUGCCCCCUCCACUUCCACCUCCUACCCGUUAGUGAACCUACGUUCAUCACAGUCACUGCCCCUAAAGCCCGCCCCCUGCAUUCCCAGCUCCUACCCGUUAGUGAACCUACGUUCGUCACAGUCACUGUCCCGGAAGCCUGCCCCCUCCAAUCCCACCUCCAACCCGUUAGUGAACCUACGUUGAUCACAGUCACUCCUCUGGAGACCUGCCCUAUCCGCACCAACCUCCUAACCGUUAGUGAACCUACGUUCAUCACAGACAGUGAUGACCUCCCCGUUAGUGAAUCUUGGUUGAUCACAGCGACUGCCCCAGAGACCUGCCCCCUUCGCUCCAACCUCCUAACCGUUAGUGAAGCUACGUUCAUCACAGACACUGCCCCGAAAGCCUAUCCCAUCCACUCCCACCUCCUACCCACCUGCUCCCUCCCCUCCCACCUCCUACCCUUUAGUGAACCUACGUUGAUCACAGUCACAGCCACGGAGACCUGCCCCCUCCGCUCCUACCUCCUACCCGUUAGUGAACCUACUUUCAUCACAAUCACUGCCCCGGAAGUCUGCCCCCUCCACUCCAACCUCCUACCCGUUAGUGAACCUACGUUCAUCACAAUCACUGCCCCGGAAGCCUGCCCCCUCCACUCCAACCUCCUCCCAGUUAGUGAACCAACGUUCCUCACAGCGACUGCCCCGGGAGACCUGCCCCCUCCACUCCCACCUCCUACCCCGACUACCCCGGAGACCUGCCCCCUCCAUUCUCACCUCCUACCCGUUAGUGAACCUACGUUCAUCACGGUCACUGCCCCGGAAGCAUGCCCCCUCCACUUCCACCUACCCGUUAGUGAACCUACGUUAAUCACAGUCACUGCCCCGGAACCCUGCCCCCUCCACUCCCACGUACUACCCGUUAGUGAACCUACGUUGAUCACAGUCACUGCUCCGGAGACCUGCCCCCUCGACUCCCACCUCCUACCCGUUAGUGAACCUACGUUGAUCACAGUCACUGCCCCGGAAGCCUGCCCCCUCCUUUCCUACCCCCUACUUGCUAGUGAACCUACGUUAAUCACAGUCACUGCCCCGGAAGCCUGCCCCCUCGAAUCCAGCGUCCUACCCGUUAGUGAACCUACGUUGGUUACAGUCACUGCCCCGGGCACUUGUCCCCUCCACUCCCACCUCCAGCCCGUUAGUGAACCUACGUUCAUCACAAUCACUGCCCCGGAAGCCUGUCCCCUCCACUCCCACCUCCUACCCGUUAGUGAACCUACGUUCAUUACAGUCACUACCCCGGAAGCCUGCCCCCUCCGCUCCCACCUCCUACCCGUUAGUGAACCUACGUUCAUCACAAUCACUGUCCCGAAAGCCUGCCCCCUCCGCUUCCACCUCCUACCCGUUAGUGAACCUACGUUCAUCAAAAUCACUGCCCCGGAAGCCUGCCACCUCCGCUCCCACCUCCUACCCGUUAGUGAACCUAAACUGAUCACAGUCACUGCCCCGGAAGCAUGCCCCCUCGGCUUCCACCUCCUGCCCGUUAGUGAACCUGAACUGAUCACAGUCACUGCCCCGGAAGCCUGCCCCCUCCACUCCAACCUCCUCCCCGUUAGUGAACCUACGUUGAUCACAGCGUCUGCCCCGGAAGCCUACCCCCUCCACUCCAACUUCCUACCCCGUCUGCCCCGGAAGCCUGCCCCCUCCGUUCCCAUCUCCUACCCGUUAGUGAACCUACGUUUAUCACAGCGUCUGCCCCGGAAGCCUGCCCCCUCCACUCCCACCUCCUACCCGUUAGUGAACCUACGUUGA